GUUCGCGGCUGCGCAGUGAGGGGGAGGCUGGGUGCACGCUGAGGCGGACAGGGAGGUACUAAACCGAGAGCCCCGGAGCAGAGAGCGGGACCCGGAUACCGAGCAGCAUGCCUGGACUAAGCUGUAGAUUCUACCAGCAUAAAUUUCCAGAGGUGGAAGAUGUAGUGAUGGUCAAUGUUCGAUCCAUUGCUGAAAUGGGAGCUUAUGUCAGCCUACUGGAAUACAACAACAUUGAAGGCAUGAUUCUUCUUAGUGAACUAUCCAGGAGACGUAUCCGCUCCAUAAACAAACUCAUCCGCAUAGGCAGGAAUGAGUGUGUUGUGGUCAUAAGAGUCGACAAAGAGAAAGGUUACAUUGACUUGUCAAAGCGAAGAGUUUCCCCAGAGGAGGCAAUCAAAUGUGAAGACAAAUUCACCAAAUCAAAAACUGUUUACAGUAUCCUUCGCCAUGUUGCUGAGGUGUUGGAAUACACCAAGGAUGAGCAGCUGGAGAGUCUGUUCCAGAGAACUGCCUGGGUAUUUGAUGACAAGUACAAAAGACCAGGAUAUGGUGCUUAUGAUGCAUUCAAGCAUGCAGUCUCAGACCCUGCAAUUCUGGAUGGACUAGAUUUGACAGAAGAUGAGAGACGUGUGCUGAUUGACAACAUAAAUAGACGACUGACACCACAGGCGGUCAAAAUCCGAGCUGACAUUGAAGUUGCCUGUUAUGGUUAUGAGGGCAUUGAUGCAGUGAAAGAAGCUCUGAGAGCUGGUUUGAACUGUUCCACGGAGAACAUGCCAAUUAAAAUUAAUCUGAUAGCUCCUCCUCGUUAUGUGAUGACCACCACAACGUUGGAGAGAACUGAAGGCCUCUCUGUUCUGAACCAAGCCAUGGCUGUCAUUAAAGAAAAGAUUGAGGAGAAGAGAGGAGUCUUCAAUGUGCAGAUGGAGCCCAAGGUGGUUACUGACACAGAUGAGACUGAGCUUGCAAGGCAACUGGAAAGGCUGGAGAGGGAAAAUGCUGAGGUGGAUGGCGAUGAUGAUGCUGAGGAAAUGGAAGCUAAAGCUGAAGACUAAAUUUCCUGGGAUGAGUACCAGUUAAGGAGAAUAUAUGAUAAAUUAGACACCCAGAUACAAACACCCUGGACUGAAAGUUUCCAGUAUCAAAAACUCCAAAAGCAGAUACUUUCUUAAAAUAUUUGAAUGUUUUAAACAGACCAACAUGUGGAACCCUCUCUUAAACAGCAUUUGCUCUUGUAUAGAACUUGCGCAAAUUGAGUUCUUCAAACGGAAGGUAUCUACUUUCACUGUAGACUCAAAUCCAGUGGCCCAGGGAGGGAUCAUAGACCUUUGCUUAACAUUUUCAUAUCUAACCACUCCAGAUUGGCAACUGUUUCAGGUCAGUGCCUCUGUCAGUGAGGUUUCCUGGGAGCACCAAAACCGAGCGAGCCUAACACUUCUACACAGAAUGUAUUCAAGCAAAUAUUCAAUAAAUUUCUGGGAUAUUUAACUUCAGGCUUCUUUUUUCUUGUCACAUGUUCUAUAGUAUUAUGAAUGAGGCGUUGAAGGGGGCAGUGAAACUUCAGUUUUCUUUUGGAAUGGAAGCAGUUUAUAUAUAUUAUAUAUGAAGUAUAAUCUCCUUGGUUUAAAAGAAAUCCAAAUAUUUUUCUUAAUACAUUUUAUAAAUGCAAACUUUACUCAAUGGAUGAUGUUUCCUUUGCUUUUGUCUGUAUAGGUUGUUUUAGAGAAUGGAAACUUUGAACAGA